GCAGACAAAGGAAGGAGGUUUUCGCGCUGCGUGUGAUUAUCAUCCAGCCAAAGGAACGGAAAAGUUGCUGCUUCAAACACACACACACACACACACACACUGCCACAUCACACACCGCCGAAACUGCACUUCAACAUGCGUUUAGGACUUUCGGUGCUGCUUCUUUCUUUGACGAGGAGUUGUUGGUGCGUCCCGCAGCAGCAGACAUGUCAUCCAGGAGACGAGUUUUUAGGAAGAUGCAGCAACAGCGUGGCUGGAGACAAACCUACCUGCACAGAGCUGAGCCUGGGCUACUGCAAUGAUAUGGAAUACUCGAGCACCAUAUUUCCCAACAUCCUUGGCCACCAGAGUCGUUUGGAUGCAGAGUCAGGGGCGGAGUACCUCCUCCUCAGCGUUAUCCAUGGCCUUCUCAACGGGGAGUGUUCUCCUGAGAUUCGUCUCCUUGGCUGCUCGGUUCUCGCCUCCCCCUGCAAGGACGGCAAGAUGAUCAAACCUUGCCGCAGCACAUGUGACGCCCUGAGGAAAGACUGUGCUCAUGCAUUCGAGUCCAUCGACAUGGCCUGGCCCUACUUCCUAGACUGUGACCGCUUCUUUGCAAGCGACCAAGAGGGCUGCGUUGACCCAUUGGCAGGGCUGAAAGCCAGACAGGAGCUAGAAAUGUCAAGAUACUCUCAUGAUGAACCCAGCACUAUUAUCCAGUUCAUCUACACCUCCAACACCCAGAUGUAUAGCUUACUGAAGAGAACCGCAGCCAAGUGCUCCCAAAUCUCUCAUGUGUACAGCAUCGGACGCAGCACGGAGGGCCGGGAUCUGCUGGUUAUUGAGUUCAGCAAGAACCCAGGACAGCACGAGCUAUUGGAGCCAGAGAUCAAGCUGGUGGCCAACAUGCAUGGCAACGAGGUUCUGGGCCGCCAGCUGCUCGUCUACAUGGCCCAGUACCUGUGCUCAGAAUACCUCCUGGGGAACCAGCGGAUUCAGACCAUCAUCAACACGACCCGCAUCCAUAUUCUGGCCUCCAUGAACCCAGAUGGCUAUGAGCUAGCCGCCUCAGAGGUAGAGGAUAACAAUGACCCGGAGCUCAGCAACCAGGAAGGUCACUUAUUGAAUGGUUGGACCAAUGGACGGACCAACGCCCAGAAUUUAGACCUUAACCGCAAUUUUCCUGACCUCACCUCCAUUUUCUACCGGAACCGCCGCAGCAGGCACUACCGCAUUGACCACAUCCCAAUCCCUGAUGCCUACUGGUUUGGCAAGGUGGCACCAGAGACCUAUGCAGUGAUGAAGUGGAUCAGGUCGCUGCCCUUCGUUCAGUCUGCCAGCCUACAUGGAGGGGAUAUGGUGGUCUCAUAUCCCUUCGACUUCUCCAGACACCCUCAAGAGGAGAGGAUGUUCUCACCCACCCCAGAUGAACAGGUCCUGAAGCAGCUGGCUCGUACCUACGCAGACGCCCACGAAACCAUGUCGAACAACGACACAGAGAGGUGCGGAGCCAACUUUUACCGCACUAGAGGCAUCAUCAAUGGGGCACUGUGGUACAGUUUUGCUGGUGGUAUGUCAGACUUUAACUACUUGCACACUAAUUGUCUGGAGAUCACCGUGGAGCUCGGCUGUGACAAAUUCCCCUCAGAGGCCGAGCUUUACCCAGAAUGGAAGAGGAAUAAGGAAGCUCUGCUCAGUUUUAUGGAGUCUGUCCAUCGAGGAAUAAAGGGAGUUGUUACAGAUCUUGAUGGAAAUGGAAUAAAAGGAGCCACUAUCUCUGUCAGGGGGAUUAAGAAAGAUGUUACCACAGCUGAAGAAGGAGACUACUGGCGUCUGCUGAACCCCGGUACUCACAUCCUGACAGCCACAGCCAAGGGUUACUCCAGGGUCAGCAAGAGGGUGUAUCUGCCUCACAACCUGAACAAGGCUGGACGUGUCGACUUUCUGUUGAAGAAGGUUCCCAUAGAGCCCGAUAUCGACGACCACCUCUUCCCCACAGUAGACACAUGGGAGCGAUUCGACCCCUACAACCAGUUUGAGCGCUUCGGAGAGCCAGACGCGAGGGAGGGAGGGAUAGAGCGGCAGGAAAAACCAUGGUGGUGGAACUACUUCUCCCAGUCUGGCAUCUCACCUCCAAAUUGGCUGCUGCGAAGUGUCUAGACGCACAGGACAUUAAAAAUCCCGGGAUACCACUGAGAUUGGUGAUGGACGGUCCUGCAUCUAGUCCCACUGGUGCUUUCAGAUGGAGCAGGAGCUUAGAAAACUACAAUUAGCAGAGCCCAAAUAGGUUUAGGUGCUUCAUGAAAGGAUGUGAACAAGCAUUUCUCUGCCAGGCAACACUUUGAUAAUGGCUUGUAAGAGGAGUUUUAGCACAUUUUGCUUUGUAGCUGCAUUUAACUUGUUUUAAGUGAAAAUAUAACCACUGGAAAAAAAAGGUUGUAUGGCUGCCUCAAUUGAAAUAUGUUCACCGGCAUAUAUAAUUGUAUGCACUUAUUUGAAUAUUGUGAUUACACUUUGCAAUUUCACGGCAGCUGCUGCAUAAAAUGUAUAAAUGCACAUUUACAAAUGUUUUAAUCUGUACAAAUAUCAGGCAGAUUGGACAGUUUUUUAUUAUAACAUUCCACAGGUUAUUUCCCUGUAUGUUUUUCUAGCCACAUUUUAUACACGGCAAGAGUGUUGAAAUGUUUGCUUUGUUUGUUUUUCACAAGCUUAAAAAAUAAAUAUGAAAUA